ACAUCCUCCUUGAGCGCCGCCGCGCGUGCUCCUCCCUGCCCGGACCCCUCCCGCAACCCGCAUCGCCUCCAGUGCCCGCCGCGAUCUCUUCUUCGAACGCCACCGCUCGGCGUUCUUCUGUCGACGCCGCCGCCCGGAUAUUCCUCCAACUCCGCCGCACCCCCAGUGCCCCGCGGGACCUCCUCCUCGAACGCCGCCGCGCGACCUCCAACGACGCCGCCCCUCCUGCGACGCCCCAGGCUGCUGACACCAUCGCGGGUUCUCCCUCGCGCCCAUACUUCCCAUCCCACUCGGUUUCCCGAACUCCACUCCACCAUGGCCUCAGAAAGGAGUGGGUCUAAGAAGCAGGAGCUCAACUCUAAGAAAAAGCUAGAGAAGAAGCUCAGCUUCUAUACAAAAGUGAAAGAUGCGGUUACCUCCCUACAGGCCAAAAAGGCUAUCAGUAAGAAAAAGAAACAGAGGAGCCGUCAGAAGAAACUGAAACUGAAAGCAUAUGAUUUGUCAGCACUUUCUGAGUUCCUUCCACAAACAGCUGGCUCGCAGCAGCAGACGGAAGUAAAGCUCAACCGCAAGUCAAAGCAGGCUUUAGUGCAACGAGAGUCUGCUCAACUGAAUGCUGUACUGAACAACCCUCAGUUCCAGCUAGACCCAUUGGCUGCAAUUCAUCAGCAUCUGGUAUCAACACAACCGCCUUCUUCCGUGAAAGACGACGAGUCUGCAAAGAGCGGGAAGAAAUCUAGGAAGGACAAGAAAAGGAAGAAGAAGAAGAAGAAUGCUUUGUCGACCCCUCAGUCGAUGGAUAUCUGAUACUGCGAACUACUCCUAUCUAUCUAAAGUAAUGAACGCAGCUACGUACUUUUCUUAUCUUGGUUUGUAGUUGACCCUUGUCAUGUGUGAACUUGGAAGUUGUAAAAUUUUGCUACCAGUGCGAGUUUUCUAUGUCUGGACUUCCAGCUUGCGUUUU